AUGUCCAUCAACCAAACAGCUUCCUCUCAACAAGAAGAAGAACACUCCAAGAAAAGACUUGAACAAUCCCCAGUACAAGGCUUUGAGGAAGAACCAUCAGAGUACGAGCAUCCUAAACACAGAAAGUUAAACCCUGAACCACCUUAUGAUAUUGAACAAAUCAUCCAGAACUCCUUACAACACUUUUCCAAUUCCAUGAUGGAUCAGAUAGAAGGACUCACCACAAAGGUACAAGGCUUUGAAACUCGCCUUCAACAAAUAACUCAACCACAUCAAUUUAAUAAUAACAACCAUCCAUUCGACCCUAACCUGUCAGUACCAAACCAUUUGCAUGUCCCACAACCUACAAAUCUGUUCAACAUCCCAUUCCCUACAGAUUCCAACAAGACUGACAAUGCUCCCAUCGCCCCUCAUACCACCAGAUGGAUCAAUACUAACGACACUACCGGCAACCUAUUUUCAAACAACCACACUACUACAAACGCACCUUUCAAUGGUUUAUCAGAUGAAGCCUUAAAGUUCUACACCACUUCAUACUUGAAAAACAACUGGAACUUCGCUCCCGACCACCUCUCUAAACUCAACGGUCUAGAACUUGCUCAACUUCUCCAACAAAGUAUUAUAAGAAAGCUCCUUACCAUGACCCCAACAGGAACAGCUCUUACCUACCUUAUUGGAAAAUACAGACAACUGCUUCAAAACACAAACAUUCCUCAUGUUAAAACCGAACCACGUCCGGAAUUAAACCUUCCAAUCCUUAACACAGUAUUAGUUUGCAGCGGCCUUACCUGCAAAGCACUCAACUGUUCAGCAAUGUCAACAGAUCUCAUUGCCCGAGCAGAAUUACUAGCGCUAGGCUUGCUACUAUCAAACAGAAUAGCCAAUGCCCUUGACUGCGCAGCUGAGAAUAAUUACACAAUGGAAGACAUCUCCAGAGAAAUUAACCAACAGCUCAAUAAUACAAACGUCCAUAAUGAAUUGAAAACAAACAUCCAUAAUAACAGAGAAGAAAGAAAAGAUGCACUUAACUUUGAAUACAUGAAGAACAUGAACAAACAACUCACUUCUACAAAAAGCAACUCACAACCCACAAACAACAAAUACCAAAAGAACUCCAAUGCAGGAUCCAAUCACAACUAUGGAAAAAAGAGUAACUCAAACACCAACAAUGGUAAAAAAGGAAAUUAUUCCAAUAACUCAGACUCCAAGUCCCAGUCCAAACAAUGA